AUGGCACCGGAUGCAACGACCUUUAACGAUGCACAGAAUUCCCCGUAUACUCUUCAUCCCGAAAGCUAUUCCGCCGGGUCGGACGAGGCGUGGGCCGGGGCUGAAGUUGAGUUUCUGCUACACGACCUCUCCCAGGAUAGUGGGGUUCUCGGGGAUCCCCAGACGCGUGUCAUCGCACACGCCCACAUGGCCACUGCCGCCGGGGUAUCGGUAGACGUGCUAGCGCUCGAGCUAAUUGCCCUCUUCAAUCAAGCAAGCGUCGAGUUUGAGCUCGAGCAGCUGCCGCGAGAGGACUUGGAUGGCACCGAAGUCCCUGUGCGUGUUCUUGAUCUCGAGCAAGCAUCCCAUGGGAGUGCCCAUGGUCUUUGCGCCAAGCGAGGAAAAUGA